GUUAAAAUUAUGUUAAAAGGACGCUGAGGCUUCUUUAGAACAAUAUUGUGAAAGUGCCGGGACUGUCACUGAGACCAUGAUUGACACGCUGAAAAACGAAACGCGAUCUCAGCAUGAUAGCAAUGCUACCUAUGUCCAAUCAAAGCCGUUUUUUAACGUUCCAGUUACAUGAGAGAGAAGAGGGCAAACUUACCUCCAGUGCAGAGCUAAUCCAGAUAUAGUUUAUUUCUUGUGAUUUACUUCGUUCAUUUAUACAUGAUCACUUAAAAUCGUAGGACGUUUACUUUGUACACAUUGUGUGCUCAUGAGCCCAGGCAUUAUCACCGAUGUGUGUGGUUUUAAGACCGUGGUACAGAACAAAUAUGUAUUCAAAAGAUGAGCGUUGUUUCGCGCUUCAGGGAAAUUACGUUUUGUACACUUCCGGUUGACGUUAUACCUCCAAGAUAAAAUACCCGACAACCCUUAAAGUUGAAACAACAAUUUGCACUUAUUUAAUGAACAGAACCCUACGUGAAUUUUUGUGUUACUAUACAGCUGUCCUCACUGUUCCCUCGUUUUAAUUAUGACAAAAUUCACAUUACAGGGACCGUGAACAAGAUAAGCCGUACAAAAUGAAUAAAAGGAAGAUCACAUAAAUAUGACAGCAUUUUCAUUAAUAAGCGCCACAAACUAAUUUAUUUAAAUAAUCAGAAUAAUAAAUUUACAUAUAUUACAGCAUAGUGAAAAAUAAUGCUUACUUUCUGCAAACCGUCAGUCUUAUUUUUGCAACCUGAAUUUACACCGGAUGUUGAAACAAGGAUAGGCGGAAAAGAUGUUGCAGCUGGGAUAACAGUCGCGUCUGGUUUGGUCUGUUUCGAUUUGUAACUAAUUUAUACGUUUAACGUUCCAUUCAACCAUGAAUAGAACGCAGCUGAAGCGGUCCAGCAUUUUAAGGAUGGCCGGCACGGAAAUUGUGGACCAAGACGGACUCGAGGAGACCUUCACUUUCCGGGCUCUGAGGAUAGCAGCUGUGGUAGCUUUGUAUUGGUUCGUCUCCAUAACAAUGGUGUUCCUCAAUAAUCACCUUCUGGACAACCGAGACCUGGAUGCACCGCUUUUUGUGACGUUCUAUCAGUGUGUGGUGUCUGUGGGACUCUGCUGGAUUAUGCAGUUGCUGUCUGGUCUGUGCCCGUCGUUGAUUGACUUCCCGUCGGUCAAAUUCGACGUGAAGACUUCUCGGGAAGUUCUGCCUCUGUCGGUAGUCUUCAUCGGCAUGAUCAUCUUCAACAACCUGUGCCUGAAACAUGUCGGGGUGGCCUUCUACACCGUGGGACGCUCCCUCACCACAGUCUUUAAUGUAUUGAUGACGUACGUGAUCCUGAAACAGACCACUUCCUUCAAUGCCAUACUGUGUUGUGGAAUCAUUCUUGGUGGAUUCUGGCUCGGAGUGGACCAGGAGGGCAUAGCAGGAUCCCUGUCCUUGUCGGGUGUUUUCUUUGGAGUGCUCGCCAGUGCCUGCGUAUCUCUCAAUGCCAUCUAUACUAAAAAGACAAUGCCCGCGGUGGAUGAAAAUAUCUGGAAACUGUCCUACUACAACAAUGUCAACGCUUGCAUCCUCUUCCUCCCACUCAUUCUUCUUUCCGGAGAGAUGGGCCGUGUCGCCAGCUUUAGUCGUCUCACUGACAUGGGUUUUUGGGGCAUGAUGACACUUGGUGGAGUGUUCGGUUUUGCCAUCGGUUAUGUCACAGGCCUGGAGAUCAAGUAUACGAGUCCACUGACACAUAAUGUCUCAGGCACAGCAAAGGCCUGUGCUCAGACUGUUAUAGCCGUGGUGUACAACUCUUCUAGUAAAAGCCUGCUGUGGUGGACCAGUAACAUGUUGGUUCUUGGCGGUUCUUCAGCCUACACAUGGGUGAAAAGUCAAGAAAUGAAGAGGACUCCUAAGCAACCUCAGGAUUCCACCAAAGAGAAACUUAUUGGGGAGAAAAGCAACAUGGGCGUGUAAAACUCCCCAUUUAGAAAAUAGUUUUAAUGUAAAUUACUUGAAUUUUUGCGGUGAUCUGGGGAUGAUCUGAGGCUUUUGUUGUGGGUUUUAUAGAGAUUAUAUUAUGGAGUUAAAAUCAUGCCAAAACCUCACAAAGACUAAUCAUGGUGAGAAGGGAAAGUUCCUGUGGGGAAGUAUUUCCCCAGCUGGCCAAUCAAUCGUGGCAGAAUUUUCUUACAAACGCUGCUCAAUAUAAAAGGCUGAAAAUGAGCAUUAUAGGGUCCCUUUAAAACAGAAAAAAAAUUAUUUGAAAAAAAACAGAUUUCAUAGGGUCCCACAACAGGCUGGCAGUAAGACAGGGACCUUCUACAAAUGAAAAGAAACAAACGAUUAUUGAAUUUCACUUCCGUGAAGUGUAGUGCCACCAAUCUCACCUCGUGCCAAAAGUCACAUGACAGUGGUAAGCUUGUGGCAAAAGUCACUUGAAAGUUUGCCAUAGUAGUGCUUUUUCUACUUGAAGGAUAUUUGGCACUUCAAGGAUGUUUUUUUUGUUGUAAUUAUAGUAAUGUUCCUUUGUAUGUGUAAAACGUGUAUUUGUUUGAUUGGUGCGUUUAUUUGCAAAACAAAAUGCAUUGGUUUGCGAAUGAUGUUUUUUAUUUGCAAACCACACAGUUGUUGGGCAUGAGUAAAAUGUUUAGUGUUUGUGAGGUUUUUACAUCAUUUUAACUCUGUAUCAUGUCUUUUAUAUAUCUUUGUAUUUAAUUCAGUUUACCGGUCUUUGUGUUACUGUACAAUUACCUAUACCAUAACCAAAAUCUAUGAAUGUAACAGUUUCGACCACCACAGGGAUACAUAUGGUAUUUGCCACAAAAAAAAAAAAUCAUGUGACAGGUUUUAGGAAGUAACUUUGAGGAUUUGGAUUAUCACCACUUAAAAUAGUAAAAUGUUUUUUGUACCGUACACAGUCAUCCAGUGCUGAUGAGGUUGUGUAGGGAAAAAAAAAACAUUCAGUAAAGCUUAUUCAUUUUUAAGUUCCCAAACUUGUAUUUCAUGAUCAAUCUGCAAAAUACAUGAAUGUUUGAUGAAAUAAAACAUGGUGUUUUGGU